AGGUAGCGUGUAAACGUAGUAUAAAAUCGUGAUGUUUUAGGAAUUACACGGCAAUGACAGCCGAGGAAAUUGAAGAAGUAAACAAAGAAUUGACGGAUAUAUAAAUAAAAAGUUAACAACUUUUAAUAAAAAUCAAAUUAUACCACAUAUUUUCCUACAAAUUCGUACUCCGAGGCUGCGAAAGGCUGAAAUGUGCACAAUGGACGCAACAAUAAAGGAAUGGCAGCGUUGGUGUCGCCUUUGCGCGAAACAUGAUGGCAAUUACCUCGAUAUAUUCACUGAAGAAACGCCAUUGGCUCUGGAUUCGAAUAUCAAUAUUCCUCUAGCUGUAGAAGAAUACUUUCAUAUCAAUGUAAAGCCCAAGGAUGAAAAACCUCUCCUGAUAUGUACGGAAUGCUACGCUACGCUUUCAUCGCUGGAGAAAUAUGCUGAGCAUGUGAGAAAAGUGCAAAAAAUGUACCAUGAUUUGAUAAACACAAGGGAUACCGGCGAAAUUGCUUUUAAAGAGCUAUAUCACAAAUACGGGCUAUUUGAAUGGGAACCGUUUAAACCCCUCUUAAUUCAUGAUAUGGAAACGUCAACAACUACCCCGGACAUUGAACAAGUUUUUAUUGCUGAUGCAUCAGUCACUGACGGUGGAGAUGAAGAUAUGGAAGAAGAGGAAGCAAAAGAUUUAGUGCAAGCCACUGAAAUCAAGGUAGAACUUUCUGAUACAGUCAAUAGAGGUAACCAGAGUGUGGGGGAAUGCGCCCAGAUGAACAAAGGCAGUGACAGCAGCAGCAGUAGCGGUAGCUUUUCAUCUGACACCGAAGAUUUUGAAGAACAAGUUAUAUCAAAGAAAGUGCGUAAAAAUAGUAAAAAUUCAAAUUCGCUUGACGGCGAAGAGUCCAAAGAAGGCAAUUAUUCUUGUAACAUUUGCCAACAACGUUUUAUACAAAGCAGAAACUUUGCACGCCACAUGAGGCGCAAGCACGGCACGGAAGCGCCAGCAGUAUGGAGAUGUCCGCACUGUAGUGAAUCGUUGAAGUUUAAGAAAGAGCUGGAACGCCAUAUAAAAAGAAUGCAUGCACCAAAAAUUUAUCCAUGUCCACAUUGUGAUAGAACAUUUAAAGGAGCCAAAGUCGCGGAGAAUCACAUAAAAGCUGAGCACGAAGGCGUAGGUUCAUUCAUUUGUGAAGAAUGCGGAGAAAGUAUGCGCACUAAACAUAAGAUUAUCGAACAUAUGGCCACACAUACGGGCCAAGGUGCAUAUGAAUGCAAAGAAUGUGGCAAACAUUUCAAAAGAAAACAGACUUUGAAGAGACACUUGGAAAUCCAUGGCGAUAAACAUAUCUGUGGCGAAUGUGGAAUUGAGCUGAGUACAUCAAAGGCACUGUUGAAUCACAUGAAAGUGCACUCUGAUGAAAUGCCAUACAAAUGUAAUUAUUGCGGGCGCAGAUUUAAGCGAACAAAAAAUCUAAAAAACCAUCUUAUUACGCAUACUGGUCUGAAACCUUAUUCCUGUGACUUCUGUGAUAAAACUUUUUCAACUGGUUCAAGUUGUCGUUAUCACAAAAAGCAUUUGCAUCCAAAGGAACUUGCAGAGCAGGAGGCUGCAGGCGUAAAAGCUUAUACAAAAAAUAUACCCAAAUUGCAUGUUUUAAAGGCGAUAACGCAAACGGCUGGAGAUGUUGAAAAGAUUGAAGUUAAUGUGACCGACAAAAGACUACGACUUCCAAAACUGGAUGCAGAGUUACCUGACGCUUAGAAUAUAAAAAAAAAAAUAAUUGAUAAAUAUAUAAUUGAAUGGGUUAAUAGUUUUAGAUUUUAGUUUUUGUACUGUUCUUAUCCACAUAGCGUUUGUUAACGCAUAAUCUUGUUCUGGUACGAAUCGACAAAUUCUUAGUAUCACUUCCACAAAAAAAAUUCCGUUUACAUAUGCAUAUGUAUUUAUGUAUUUAAAUUUUUAAUGACUGUAUUGUUUGUAUUUAGCCUGUGUUAAUAUUUUAUUGUUAUAUGUAGCAAGCCCAACUAUUUUUAUAUGCCUACUAGGGAAACAAUUUGCAGUUUAAAUAUUAGAAUAGCAUUAUAGGGAGGGGUUUAUUUAAUUUUUUAUUAAAAUUUACUAACUGGAGAUGGAAAUAAAAUCGUUAAAAUAGUUUUGCUGCUUAGACUGUGUG